AUGCCGAACGAAGGCAUUAAGAGCGACCACCAUCUCCCGCUCGAGAUACUUUUUGAAAUCGUCGACAUUGCGGUCCUAAGAUUUCCGACUCACGAGGUCUUUGGCGUUUGGGGAGUAAAUGAGACUUUCGCAUAUCAGGCCGAGAAGACUCUGUUCAGACUGCUCGACCGAGAACCCAGAAAAUGGGACUCUGUUCCUCAUUCUCUGAGGGUCAAGUACCUGCAGCGAAAAUAUGAUCCAGACCCGGACUGCUGCUACCUCUCCGAAUUUAUACACGAGAUGCUUGUAUUGGAAACAACCGCGGACAGGGCUACGUUGACGAACAAGCUCAUCGAGGGUAUUGCCCACGGACACUACCGGCUUAGAUACCUCUUAGGACCCAAAGCUGAGAUGCGAUCCACCCCGUGGCUUAAAUCCUGGACCCAUGGGACACUCGCGGACGAUUUCCACGUUCUACUCGCGUGUAGGGCUAUACACCGUCAAGAUGUCAGCGAGUUUCAAGCGAUAUUCCCCGCAUGCAAUGCCGUCUAUGGAUAUCGCUUUCAGCUAUCCAUCUUGGAGGAGGCCGCAAGGUCAGGAAACCGAGAGAUCGUGACCAUCUUGCUUCCAUACACCAUGACGCAAGAGCUCCAUGCCAGCCAGACCAGUCGAAUCAACUAUGUUAUGGGGAAUGCCACUCGGCUCCGCCACCAACCAAACCACAGUGGGAUUGAGACGGGAUUUACACGUGCAUUGGUACCCAUUGCCAUCAAGAGUGAGAACCGUGAGGCACUGGAGGUGUGGUUCGAGGCAUUGAAGAAACUACCUGGACAAACUUUUGAGGCUACCACCGUCAGCAUUAUGAAGGCCCUGAUGGUCGAGCCAGAAGCUUACAGGACAAAACUGUCCGAAUGGUUCUGGAUGUCACUAUCCCAAACGGUGACAAGCAAGAACAUACAGCACGCCACCUUCGUCAGCGCUAUCGAGAGCAAUGAUAUCGCAACAAUCGACAGCGUCCUUUCUGAUGAGGAUUUCGACCCAUGCUUCGUGCCCCCCGGCAAGGACGGAAAUCUACUCCUCGUCGUUAUCAGAAAUUGCAAGAACAAGUGGUAUAGAUCCAGCGUGGUCAAAGCCCUUCUCGAACGCGAUGUCCACCCCAACACGAGCAAGGGGAACGAUCCAACUCCACUCCACCAGGCCAUUAGCGAGGAGGACCAUGACCUUGCAUCACUUCUCUUAGACUUUGGAGCAGAUGUAUACCCGGGAACCUCCAAUUCACCUAUUGCAGGCCGGCGGUCUCAGCUGCUGGUUGCCGCAGUGCUCCUUGGGCACUCCAAGAUCGUGAAGAUGCUACUCGACAAGGGUGUGUCACCGUACAUCAAGGGAAGCGCAAGCAUCCAUCGAGUGCAGCUCAUUACUGGACCAUCACCGGGCUCGCUAUGGGGUAUUCUGUGGCAGUACUGCGGGUCAAACACUCUACGACGACAAGAGUAUGAUGAGCGAGUUCGUGCUGGUGCAAUUCCUCUGAAUUACUGGGAGGCUGGCCAGCUCCAUGCCGCAGCUUAUUCUGGGAUAAAUGGACCAACAGCUGAUAAGGAGGUCUAUGAGACUCGAGUGUGGUAUAGGCUGUUGGAGGUUGAAGCUUUUCCACCCCAGACUGCAGUCGCAGGAUACACCGCAGGUAGAUGA